AUGUUUUUAGGGUACUCGGUAUUUGUUGUGGAAGGUAUAUUGCCGCCGUGCGCUGCAGACGAGCAACUUAGUCAGUGUCCAGUGAAUCCGGCACUUGCAGCCUUCAGUGACUCUUACCGUGACGACCAGUCCCAGGAUCCCAAUAUUGCACGUGCCAUUGCUGUUUCUCAGAUCUGUCUUGUUGGGAUCUACGGUUAUGCUUUCUCAUAUUCACUUUCGUGCUCAUAG